UAUUCAAGUAAGACUUUGUUCUAAAACUCUUAUGGUUAUGAUAUUGUUUCUCGUCAAAUUCAUCUCCGAUCGCUUUUAAUUUGACAUAUUUGGCAAGUACAAGUAUUGAAGAAGCUGUGUUGCUAAUAUUUUUUAGAGGAAGUAUUGGUGCUAAAGGUUUUACUUGGUCUUUCUGUCUCCGCCAUGGCGAAGUGAGCAUGUUUGCAUAAAACACAAGAACUCCUGCUUCUUUGAUGGCAGACAAGAAGAAAGCUUAAUCACUACAAACAUUUACCCGAAGAUUAAUUCCAAGCUCUCAGAGAAGGGCAAAACAAUGAAGAAAGGAUUAUAACUGAGAAAUUUUUAGACAUUUCUGACUGCAUCUAUUGUGAGUAUAAUGCACCGAUAUCAAAGCAUAAAACAACUUGGAGACGGAACUUAUGGGUCCGUUGUGUUGGCCAAAAACCAAGAAACUGGAGAAACAGUUGCUAUAAAAAAGAUGAAGAAAAAGUUCUAUUCUUGGGAAGAGUGUUUGGGGUUGAGAGAAGUUAAGUCCUUAAGGAAGUUAAACCACGCAAAUGUUGUGAAAUUAAAAGAAGUUAUCAGGGAGAAUGAUCAUUUAUACUUUGUGUUUGAAUAUAUGAAGGAAAAUCUAUACCAAAUGAUGAAAAAUAGUGAUCGUUUGCUUCCCGAGUCUGUCAUUAGGAAUGUCAUCUACCAGAUACUUCAGGGUCUAGCUUUUAUUCAUAAGCAUGGAUUUUUCCAUCGUGAUAUGAAACCUGAGAAUUUACUGUGCUCUGGACAAGACAGAGAUCAGGGAAAUCGACUUGUGAAAAUUGCCGACUUUGGUUUGGCAAGAGAAAUUCGAUCAAGACCUCCCUAUACAGAUUAUGUAUCUACAAGAUGGUACAGAGCUCCUGAAGUUCUCUUGAGAUCCACAGGAUAUAGUUCACCAAUAGAUAUGUGGGCUGUAGGUUGUAUCAUGGCUGAAUUAUAUACACUUAGACCUUUAUUCCCRGGUAGUAGUGAGGUUGAUGAAAUAUUUAAAGUCACUUCUGUACUGGGCACUCCAUCUAAGGAGGAAUGGUCAGAAGGACACAAGUUAGCAAGUGCUAUGAAUUUCAAGUUCCCACAAAUGGUCCCAACUCCCCUCAAACAACUUAUACCUAAUGCAAGUCCUGAAGCUGUGCAGUUAAUGCGUGACCUUAUGAUGUGGGACCCAAAGAAAAGACCUACAGCAGCCCAAGCUCUCAAAUAUCCCUACUUUCAAGUAGGUCAAAAUCUUGUCAAACAAACCAAACCAGUAAUGACGGAAAAUAAGCCUCCAAAACAAGCUAUUACCCAACAACAACCAACUGAGAAAGCAUCAGGAAAAAGAGUUUUUGAAGAUGAAUUUUCUACAAGUGGCAAAAGCCAGCCUGUUGCWAAGGUACCRUUGCAAAGUUACAACAGUGGCAGGAAGAGAUGGGGAGGAACAGUUGGUGUGAAAGACAGCACUGAUGAAUUUGAAUCAAUUUUAAAUGAAAUUGAAAGCAGUAAUGUUACUGAGUAUCAAAGAAAGCCACCAAUAAAACGAACAGAAACCAACGACUCUUUGAUAAGUGACAAAAGGAAAGAGUCGGGCCUGCGCAACAAAACUCCACCAAGCGCAAAACAACAUUACAUGAAACAAGCGAGAUACUUUCCUGGCCAAUCUACUGGUACAACUCACCAAAAACCAGCCCAAAAUGGCGUCGCAGCACACGGCAGCACUUCACUUAUUAGAAAGUCAUCAUUUGGUGUCAGCGGUGCAGCCGCUGGUAGUUACGUCCCGUCGUUCGGAGGAACAACACAACCUCGAGGUGGUGGUGGGCCCCUUGGUGGAGGCAUAAGCGGAGCCACAUGGAAACCACCUCUUACCAAACAGCCCAGCGGCACGUCUAUUUACCAGCCUCCUGGCGCGUCCACCAGAAAUCAAGUUCCAAGAUAUGGAGCGGUACACGGUCGAACAGACUGGAGUUUAAAGUAUGGCGGUGGGAGGACUGGAAACUUCUGAACAUGCUAUACUAUAAAUAUUUAAUUUAUUGAUGAUGCACAUACUUUUUAAACCUCUCCUUCCCUAAGUGUACUUAUUCUUUGCACGGUAAAGUCCUUAUAUUCAUUGUAAAUAGUUAUGUUAAAUAUGAUUUUAGAAUUAAAUAUCGCCUCAGUGUGGCUAGACCUGGAAUGUUCUAAUCGCGAUAAAAUCGAGCUAGUAUUUCAAAAGACUGCCAUUUUGAAUUUGAAAUGAAAACAUCUAAUAACCAAGCAUAUUUGGUUGUUUUGGAAAAAUUUCAUUKCAAAGAAUAGAAUUGUMAGAGAAAGUUAUUUCUCAUCACAAUUCUAAAAUCACAAUGGCGACCGUGCAAAUUGUAUUCUUAUAAUUCAUACUUCAGUCAUAACUUGACUCUAAGACCGAGAAAAAUAACCUUCUCCUACACCUACUCGUAGACCAUUCAUCUACGGUUAUUUUUAGGAUUCUUAAUAUAUUCGUGCAGUCACUGGAAUUAUUUAUUCAAUUCAGGCGUGGCAUUUUUUUCAAGAUGGCCACCAAGCCAUGCUAACAGGACAAUCUGUCUAGUAACCAAGACAGCGAUUUCUUAAAUUAUGUAAUGUAUAGACCAAUCGAAUUCAAACGAUUGGAUAUCAAGUCCGAAUUAAAUAAACCAGGCAUUAAAGACCCUGUUGUGUUCUUUUC